UGCUUCACAAGUCUGCUGUUGGCAGAGAUAAGCAUCUCGCGUCGAACCAAAAUCUCUGUGGCCUUUCCUUGGUUAGUCUCGGGAAAGCGCUGUGCGCUAUGUUCUCCGAUGAUGAAGAACCAUUGGAGAAGGAUGACAUUUUAGAGUUGCUGUGUGACUCCAGUAACAUUAUGUGUGAAUUAAUGUUUCAACUGGAAAAGGCUCGUAAAACUCAUGUUUACCAGUACGUGGAGUCUAAACGCAAGACUGUUUUAGAAGAAUCUGUCACUGACGAGUUUUUAUUCGGCAAGGAUCUUUCUAAAAGGAUCAAAGAUUCUUCUACGGUUGAAAAAGCAGGUUUAACCUUGAAAUCCCAACCCGAGCAGAAGACUUUUGUUUCACGGAAGCGUUUUUUAAACUGGAAGAGCCCGGCUACGUCGCGAGGUGGCCCGUCUCAGUCGGGCUUCAACCGGAAACCAUUCCAAAAAUUUGGCCAGUUCAAUCGAUCGACACCACCACAAACUCGAUCUCUGACCAAAUCCAAGGGCCAUCAGUCCCAAUCAAACAACACAAAGUAGAGGAAAAUGCAACAUCCAUUAGCCGCGAAAUUAACCCUGAUGGCAGGAAGAUUAUCUGCGAAGCAUUCAAGUUGAAAGGAGUAAAAGAAGAGUCUGUUAGUCUUCUCCUCAACUCGAUUACUGAAUCUACUCUUAAACAAUACACUAAACCUAUUGUAGAUUGGUAUUAUUUUUGCAAAUCUCAAGACUUGAACUUAUACAGGCCAACUGAGGGUCAAGUUGCGGACUGGUUGUCUGGAAAAUUUCAUCAAGGUGCUUCUUAUAGUUCUCUGAAUACUUGUCGUUCGGCUCUUUCGUUAAUUUGUGGAGAAUAUAUUGGACAGAGUCCUUUAUUAUCUCGUCUGUUAAAAGGGAUUUAUAAAGAGAAACCCAGUAAACCUAAGUACAAUAAAAUUUACAGUCUUGAUCCGGUUAUUAAUAAAUUAGAACAAAUGAGUCCGCUCAGUGUUCUUAGUUUACCAGAAUUAACUAACAAGUUAUUAAUGUCAAUGGCCUUAAUUACGGCGCAUCGUAAACAAAC